AUGGUUGAGUCGUCCUUGCCUCCUGCCAAAGAAAUGAGGGAUGGCGAGGUUCAGGUGGGACUUAAGCUUGUUCCUCAAACGGUCAAAGUUCAGCAGGUGAAGGUGGAGAACAUGGAAGCCGUGGUAACUAGUAAAAAGUCCAGCGAAAGCAAACAGCUCGAUGUGAAUGCCUUGCUCUGUUCGUCGGCGGUUCAAUAUGACCAGGUUCUGGCGGAAUCUACUGGAGUUGAUGUACUGCCGAUCGCCGAAGCCAGGGAGCUGAGUUUAGUACACGGCCGGAAUCGGUUCGUUACUACUGUCAGCUCAAAAUAUAAUGCUAUGCAAUCCGGGAGCUAUGAAGGUGUCAGUAAAAGCUUUGACGAUAAAACUAUUCCCCUUGAAUCAAAUUUGUCCAGGACAUCUACAAGCGGAGGUUUUACUGAUUUACACGACUCAGAACAGCAGACAAGCCUUCGAGUUCGAUUUGCUGAGUACACGGUUCCACAGUCAUCGGGUGGCAGUGGCAGUAAUGUCAGCAUGAAACCACAGCAUGUGAACAUGUCCACUCAGGUUGGAGCGGUCCUUGUUCCACUGGAAUUGAGCAUGCAGAAGAUGGCUCUUGACAGCAGCCGCGUGGAGGUCUCAACAGGCUUAUCCAGAAGCGGCUUACACUCGGUGCUGUGUCCCACGGAUAUGCAAGCAACCGUGGCACUCUCUGACGCUCCGGGCAUCAAACUCGCAAACGUGCAGGGUGAACUGGCUGUCCAAUACAACAAUGCCAAGUACUCAGCAGAUGUGGUCUGCGAUUCCGUAGGCACGAGUGCCUGCGUGCGUCUCUUGGACAAGUCGAUUUCGCUUGACCGCAAACGAUCAGGCCUUAAUCUGGCAUUGUUCAAACCGCGGUUCGAAGGCUCCAGUAGUGGGUCCAUGGCAACCCGCGAGUCCUACUACAACUCGGCCAACAAACGCGUAAUUUCGGUUUCAUCGCAAGUCGGCACUCUGCUGGUUCCGACGAAGAUCCACAUGGACAAGGUAGACGUCGAACAUCUGGCGGUCGAUGUCCCUGUCAUGGAAGGCGAUACUGUGGAUUUGAAAGUCAGUGCGAUUCUGGCCUCUUCAGCAACAGAAAUGGUACCGGUCAUCACAGAUACCACUGGCAUUCAAGUUGUCGAAAUGAAGGAUGUUGAAGAAGUUGGAAUUCAACUAGGUGAAAACGUGUACGUGACGAAUGUCGUUCCACCAUCAAACAAGCGCACGGCAGGAGCAUCUGGAGUGUCGAGAGACUUCAGAAUCGGUUCUACAGAUUGCACACGGAAGCAGGACUCAAUUGUUAUCCCCAUUGAGCGAAGCCAUCAAACUUCUCAGAUGACGCAACACUCAAGAACAAUACUACAGCAAAGCGCUGAGUUGAGAGCAGUUACUUCGAGCCUCCAGUCCUCCGAGGUGCAACCAAUGCUUCGAAAGGGAUCUGUGGCUGCAGGCUGGUCUCCCAAAUGUCUGAAUACAAAUAACUUCUCCCAAGGUUUAACGGAAAGCACGCAUUCUAUGCUAUUUGCAGGGCCCCCUCAAACUUCAUUCUCGAGUGAAGAAAUCUCAACAAAAGCAGAAUAUACAACUGAACCGAGCCUACGAAGUGGAAUGUGGUCGGACAGGAACAGAGCGAGUAUGGUUGAUGGAGUAGCCCAGGUCGGCCUGAACCUCGUUCCU